CAUCACUAGCUCUUCAUUUCGUGUGUUGAAACGCUUCCAGUGACGUGUCCUCCAAAAUAUACAUUCGAACUCAACCCUUCCAUCUUCGUCUCUUUCUCAUCGACAUCGAGAGCGAGAGAGCAAGAGAGAGAGAGAGAGACAAUGGCAUGCGUCUCUCUCUCCUUCGUCUCCUCCUCCUCCGAACCCUCCUCCUCAUCCUCCCUCCAAUCCCUUCCUCUCCGCACCACCACAACCUCCUUCAUCUCCUCCAAACCCUUCCUUCCUCCCCUCCGAUCCCCUUCUCUACGACUUCGUCCUCCUCUCCAAGCGCUUCUCAGGAAAUCCAUCAAACCAGAUGACGAUGAGACCCUGGAGAAGUUCCAAGAGAACAACGCCAUCACGGAUUUCAUGAGGUUUCGCACCGGCGAUGUCUCCCGCGCCGGUGGUGGUGGCUCUGGCGAGCUGCAGACCGCUGUCGUUAGCUAUAAGAAGCAGUUCCCUUGGUCGCUUUUCCAGCCUUUUCUUCAGGUGGAUUUGGUUUCGACGAUCCACAUUGCCGAUAAAAAAUACUUUGAGACAUUACAGAAGGGUCUUGAAUCAUAUGACUGUGUCCUUUAUGAGAUGGUUGCAAGCAGGGAGAGUUUAGAGAAUAGGAGAAAUUCAAAAGCUGCUAAAAGACUGAAAGCAGCACGCUCCAGGGGUUUUAAUGUUCUUGGAUUUAUCCAGAGACAAAUGGCCCGUAUUCUUGCACUUGACUUCCAAUUGGAUUGUCUUGAUUAUGAUGGCGAUAAGUGGCUCCAUGCGGACCUCGACUUUGAAACAUUUAAAAUGCUCCAGGAUGAAAGAGGUGAAAGUUUCUUCACAUUUGCAAGAGACAUGACGCUUAGAUCUACGAAAGCCCUGGUGCAAUCAGCUGCUAUCCGUGAAGAUCUCGAUCCUUGGAGAUCUAAGCUUCUUUGGGCUUCACGAGUGCUACCCAUGCCUCUUGUUGGACUACUUAUCAUUGGAAGCGUAUGUUCACCAUUAGAAAACCAGACCACAGAAUACUCUGAGUUAAAAGCACUUUCAGAGCUCAAUAUUGGAGCAGCUCUCAAGAUUUUCUUGGCUAAGCGCCUUACUUCAGAGUUCACCCAGAUAACUGCUGCUGUAGAGGAGAAAUCAGUAAUCAUCGGGGAGAGAAACCGGGCUGCAACAGAAGCAUUACAGAGAGCAAUAGAUAGCGGGUACAAAAGAAUAGCUGUGCUCUACGGUGGCGGGCACAUGCCUGACUUAGGAAGGCGAUUACGAGAAGAGUUCGACAUGGUACCCUCACAAGUACAUUGGAUAACAGCUUGGUCAAUCCAAAACAGAAUACUCGACAACCGCUCCAUUCCGUUCCUGAAGACCCUAGCCGAGCUUUCAGGUUGGCCACUGAACAGAUAUCAAACCCUAGGUUUGUUGAUUUUCUCUUCUGUGCUUGCAGUAGAUCUAUGGUUCUGGGAGCUCUUCUUCGGUACAAUGGUGCAUUUGGCUUCGUUGGCAGCAUCGGAAGUUGAUUUGCUCAUUCAUGGUAUCAGAUUUAUGUGAUUGUUUUUUUUAUCAUCAUCUCCAGUUUACGAAUUGGAAGAAAAUCAAACAUUUGCCAGCUGCAGGAUUUGCAGAAACAGGUGAUUUAAGUAGUAUAGUUAUACGCAUGCAUCAAUUGAUGCCUGUUAUUAUAUAUGCUGCUGGUUUUAUGUAUGAAUAGAUGCAGAAAAGUUAGUUUGAUAA